UCCGACUCAUGCACCGCUUGCAAAACUAGCCGGGGGCGCGCUUUGCUAACGGCUAAACGGCUAACGGAACAGGGAGAAAGGAAGCACAGACAUUCACAACACAUAGUAAACCAUAGUAAUCUGCACCAGUGCAGAAAAAAUAAACUGAACUAAUCUGACCACACACGGCAUAGGAACCCUCAUCCCAGAUGAACAUGUUCAGUGUGCUAUAAUAAUAAUAAUCAAAACACCACUAUACAAUCCAAGGCUGUCGGGGUGUUUUCUUUCUACACUUUCAGAAAAAUGGAGACAGAAGCAGAGGUAAUCCCUAUUUGGCAAAAUAAACCACAUGGAUCAACUCGUAGUGUGGUGAGACGAAUUGGCUCUACGCUGCCUCUUAAACCCUGUCCCAGGGCUUGUUUCCAGGAACUCCCAGGCCUUCCUCCAAUGCGCUCUUUGGACGGUCCACUGGUGCCUACACUGGCAGAUAUUGCCUGGAUUGCUGAUGAUGAGGAGGAGACGUAUGCCAGAGUCAGGAGUGACACACGUCCCCUGAGGCACGAGUGGAGGCCAACACCGCUGCUGGUUAUGCACAGGAACUCGUCUGUGCCCAACUUCAGACGAGAAGGCAGGCGAGUCGAGGGUCUGAGGAAACCAGGUGUAACCGCUCUAAACCGCACCACAGCUUUACAAGAUGAGCUGAGUCGACUCCGAGCCCAAAUCGCCAAGAUUGUUGCUACAGAAUCAGAUUCGAACCCAAUUACCCCUGACCUGCUGUCCCCUGACGACACUAGUGUGGGCUUCUCCAUGGCUCCUUUUGAGACUGCUGCUUACCAGCCUGCUCCUACAGCCUCAUUUGUCAUUAGUGAUGUCACAGAAGAGGAGGAGGAAGAGGAUGAAGAGGAGGAGGUGUCAGAGCUAGUGCCUGAUCCUGUGCCGCCAGUUUCCAUGACAGCAUCUGCAACUUUUGAUCUUGAUCGCCCUACUAUGGACUUUCGGGAGCCAGAGGAAGACACUGUGUCACUUUCAAAAUCAACAAGCUUUGCUGAUGUCAUGGACAUCCUGAAAGACAUGAACCGCAUGAAGAUGAGCAAGGACAGAUAUAACCGUGGAUGCACCUCACUGAGGGAGGAAGAUUCUGCCUCUCUUAUAUCUGAAGCUUUGAGGAAGAAAUUCAUUCUGAAGGACGAUGACAUCAGUAUGAGGAAAUAAUCUAUCAUCCAGACCCUCUCAGCAGAUUCUCCAUGCCUGUGCCUGUGGACCGAUGCCAUGGAAACCCCAUAAAGCCUCUGAAUAAAUGGAGUUAAUCUGCAUUCCUCAGUGCUCCCACAAUGCUACGCUGUUGUGACACGUCUGGAAGGAAAGAAGCAGUUAAGUUCAGCACACGUACAUACACACUCCAUCUGGCACUGAGCGACCAAGUUUGUAAUGUCUGUGUAUGUGUGUGUGUGUGCGCGCGCACAUAAGGAUAACGUUUAUACACAGCAGAUCAGUGAUCACUCAGCCAUCGUCGUUCCAUCAUAGAUUUUGUGAAAUCCAAGCACUACUUCCUGUUUCACCAUCAUUGUUUUGUUAACUUCAAUAGGACAUUAAUAUCUUCAGAUCCUUUAUCAACAAGUGUGCAGUUGAAAUUUCACAUCAUAUUAUUCAAGCCAUGUAACAACAGAAGAUUCCCGAAGGAGCCCAGUUCCAGUUUGUCGUUUUGUAGAUGUGUAGGUUUGGAGCUGUAGAAGUGUAUCUCUUGCCUUACACGUUCCCUCAUACAACCCUGUUAUACUUGAAGCAUCUGAUGUUACAGUACUGACGUACUUUUGCCUCCGUUUAGAGACUAAACAAGACGCUCUCCAAUUUAAAGGGUGUUUGUGUGUGCAUGUGCACUGAAGACUUUGGAUUGCAUUCACUUGUAAUUACUGCUCUGUGAUUUUCCCCUUCUACCCUACAGACUUUUGAAGUGUAUAUUGUGCCAGAAGACUGACAUGUUUCAGCAAACAGUGUAACAUAAGUUUGAAAUCAUAUUUUGUGUGGGUUAUCUUCAGGAAGUACAUGGAGUGGGGAAAAAAACAAAACAAAAAAACUAUUUUUGGUUUUUGCUUGUCAGGCAGAUUGUAAAUGUUUCUGUAAGAUCUGAAAAGCAUGUGUGAUGUGGUGCUGGGUGUGACUGUAAGCCAGUUUUGAGAAUGCCUCAUGUUUUAUAUGAUGAUGAAGAAUGCUUUUUUUCCAUUUGCAAAGUGUAACAAGAAGCUGUUUUAAUGCAUACACUGCUUUUGUGCCAUGAUCGCUCACUAAAGUGGGAAUCAAACUCAAAAUGUGCUGUUCAUUUCUUUCACAUUCUUGUUUGGACAUGCCUGCAGCCUUUCCCCAUCUGUUUGACAUUGCAUUAGAAGAGAUGUUUGGUGUUUUUAAACCCAAACUUUUCCUCUCAAACUUCACAAUCUUCCAGCUCCUCCAUGCUUUUAGCACUAAUUGUAGCUAGCUUUACAACAUAAUUUAAACCCACAACUACUUAAAAUUAACUUCCUGAAGUGAUACACUAGUUUACAGUACAAAUGUUUUCAUAUCAGAGUUACAAUAGGAGUCUGAUCAUUAUGCUAAUGGACGAGUAGUACUAAGUAUGUUCCUGUACCUGUCAGUAACAGGUAAAAUGUGUGUGCUGCUCUUUCAUUUUGACUGCAGGGUUUCAUUUAUACUUUUAACCAUAGUAAACACUGCGAGUUUGCUUUGAUUUAGGUCAGUCUUGCAGUUUCAUGGUUUCCUUUGGACGACAGAAACUUGUGUACUUGUGUGUUUUCUUUUUGUCAAAUAAGGAAAUUCUGCCUGUUGUUUGUGUGUAAGAUGGGAAAUAAAUGGUUAAAACGCA